GCAAGUCCGCGUCUGCGCUCGUCGCUCUGCCAACUUCUUUUUAUAAACCACCUCCUCUGCAAAAUCUGUGCUCGCGUUCGGUGGCGGCGCAGGAAACGCAGAGCGGGCUUCUGCGCCCAGUGUGAAGCUGGGAGGCCGUUGACUGACAGGAUGCGGGCGCUCGGCACCACCUGCACCGCGAGGCUGAACCCGGCGUUGCGUAAGCGGGAGGCUCUCGUCUCCUCCAGGUCCUGAGUCUGUGAUGAAACACGAGUGUCGGGUCAGAGAAAGACGAUCGGGUCGGUUGCCUGGGAUGACUCGAAUACUUUCCACCGUCACGUUAGUGCUCGGUGUCCCCACUUCAGAGCUGCAGCAGCGAGCGUGAGCGCUGAAAGGGGCUCGGGGGGAAAAAAGAUGUCUGACAAACAAACGGGCCCAGACUCCCAGAGGAACCCGUCCGCCAACAAGAACGUCAGGAAGCUGCGCACCAUCAGCAUGGUGUGCGGCCUGAUGAGCAGCUGGCAGCAGUGGGCGGCCGACAACGAGAGGAAACAGGCCAGUGAACCCAGCGGCUGGAGCCCGGCUUCGCUGGGAGGCCCCACAGAGGAACCCAGGAGGACAUGGGUCCCCAAGAACCGCCCGCCUCAAAGGGAGCCCACGAGUGCCCAGGAGGCCCAAAAGCGGCCUGAGGGGGGUCCAGCUGAGCCACCGGCACCAUCUCGCAUCAGAACCAAGCAGGUGGUGAGGACGGUGACCAGCGGCGCUCAGGAGAAAAGCGCCGGCGUCGCCCUCCUGACGCAGGUGAUCCAGAAGGAGGCCCCGCCCUCGGGCGAGGAGAUCGACCGGCUCCUGAAGAAGAAGAGCUCGCCCACGCGCCGCAGGAAGUGCUCCAACGUGGUGGCGUCGCUCACCAGAAGCUGGAAACAGGUGGAGAGCGAGGAGAGGCUCGGAAAAGACGGCGGCGGGCGAGGAAAAGGGGGCGGCGAGGGCUCGGAGGCGGAGAGAGACACACAUGAGGUGGAGGAGACUCAACCGGGCAGGACACGCGAUUCAAAAGGAGAAGAAGAAGAGCAGAAAGACACAGAAGAAGACCUUGAGUUUAGAGUGAGGAUUAAAAGGUCCACAGUCUCAUCGUACAAAAAGGAGGCCGACGACGCCAACAAGAUCCAGGCUCUGUCCAAGAGCUACAGCGCCGUGGGGAACCUGAAGAGCCGCUGGCAGGACUGGGCCUCGGAGCACAGCGUGAGCCAGAAGCUCAACCCCUUCAGCGAGUACUUCGACUACGACUACUCCAUGUCGGCGCGCCUCCAGAGGGGCCAGGAGGGCUACGGCCGGCCCAAGGAGGGCAGCAAGACGGCCGAGCGGGCCCGGCGGGCCGAGCGCCACAUCCACCGCGAGAUCGACGACAUGUGCUACGUGAUCCGGACCAUGGUGGACCCGGACCCGGACGGGAGGAGCCGCGUGACCUUCGGGCAGCUGUUCGACAGAUACGUGCGCAUCUCUGAUAAGGUGGUGGGGAUUCUGAUGAGGGCCAGGAAGCACGGCAAGGUGGCCUUCGAGGGGGAGAUGCUGUGGCAGGGCCGGGACGACGGCGUGGUCAUCACCCUGCUGGUGUGACGCUCACUCAAUGGAAGCUGUGAAAUCAUGUAAACCAUGAUCAGACAGAGCUAAAGGGAGCAUUUAUGUGUGUGUGUGUGUGUGUGUGUGUGUGUGUGUGUGUGUGUGUGUGUGUGUGUGUGUGUGUCCGUGUGAGUGUGUGUGCGUGUGCCUGUGCGUGUGCCUGUGCGUGUGUGUGUGUGUGUGUGUGUGUGUGUGCGUGUGUGUGUGUGUGUGUGUGUGUGUGCGUGUGCCUGUGCGUGUGUGUGUGUGUGUGUGUGUGUGUGUGUGUGUGUGUGUGUGUGUGCGUGUGUGUGUGUGUGUGUGCGCGUGUGCCUGUGCGUGUGUGUGUGUUUCGGCUUCUCGUGUUUCCCGUCGCUGCAGCCGUUCUCAUAAUUGUCCGCGUUAAUGCACCAAACGAGCAGCAGCUCAACGCACUCGUUCUAAGCUGGGUCGGGUUUCAGCGCCUGAAUCUGUGCAGCUCAGCGCUCCGCGGACCGGUCCGGGCCUGAUGCGGGGGAACACAGCAGACUGCAGCACGUGUCCGGUCAGAACCAGGCUGUUGGAUCAUGUAGCUGAUGGAUCACAGCCUGAGGGGACGGUUUCAUUCAGCUUUAUUGCACUUCUAAACGCAGCACUGACUCAUUACAUGUCCACUAACCUGCCAGAAUCAUUUCCUCACGCUGCUUCCGGCCGCGUCUCGAUGCACGUCUGAAGGUCACAGUCAAACUUUAACUGAAGCUGCACAUCUGCAUAAUUAAUAGCUUUAACAGUUUGAAAUGAGUUGUUCACUGCCGCUGAUGUCACUUUGAAGGAUGAAUGGGAUGCGUCUAAUACAGAAGCAGGCCACUUUAAAAGAGCUUCAUCCGUACGAGAAUAGAGCCGUUACCACACAAUGCGCGCAAUAAAACAGCCUCUCACAGGACGAAACGCGCAGUAGCAUCCUGUGAUUUCUUUGUUUUGCCCGGAUGAGCCUGGAGAUCUGCACCGAUGCAUAAUUUAACAACGUGAAAUGUGCCAAGACAUCAGCAGCGAAGAGACGUGAGCUGCUUUUAUACACAGCAGGAUCUCUAUUCACUCCUGCCCUUUGUUUUGCAGUUGUUCUGUCUGUUGUUUGAAUGACAGCACACACACACACACACACACACACACACACACACACACAUACACAUACACACACACACACACACACAAACCCUAUCCUGCAGGCUGAGAGGUCCUUAAAGCAAAGCAGGACACCAGGAAGGAGCCACGCCUGUGACAAGAACACGCUUCCUCUUCCAGUCAAGUCAAUUAUCUGCUCAUCGCUGCCGGAAAUGACUGAAAUGUCACAGUCAAACACUGAGACGCGGGUUGACGGGCAGGGUCGCCAGUGUCACCAGUCGCUUGGACAUUCUAGGCUGGGUUUCCUCCUGGUACCAGUACAGUCAUGUGACGUCAGAGCAUCACAGAGACUGAUGGUGACCUCUGUCAAAACCAACUGAUGAAUAACUUUGACUGACUGACUCUUUUUAGGUUGGAUCUCCAAUAAAUAUAUCUGCAUUGAGUUGAA